UCCAACGUCCUUGUGACACGCAGUUCUCGAAUAGAACGUAAUAGCACCCUGUUGAAGUACAGUAGUUAGUAUUUUAAAAGUACGACAGAAUUCUAAUUCAAUUUUUGCGGGAACAUUUCAUUAUAGUAAUUUGUGAUACGAUCACGAUAAUAAUAAUCAAGAUACCAGUGUUACAUUGAAAUCAAAAUCUCGAUAAGUUCAACAUCAUCGUAAUAAAAAAUCAUCAGGAUUUUAGUGAAGAAGAAGAAGUGACUUUUCAUUUGAAUUCAGAGUUUUGCAUUUUUUCAAUUCAGUGAGCAGUGAAUGGACUAAGUGAUUAUUAACAGUUUCAAGUUUAUCGUAGCUGCAACAAGUAAAUACCGAAGAAAUGCAAAAAGGAGGAAGUGUCCAGAUAUUUGCGUCGUUCCUUUUGCUGGUCUUUUUUGUGUCACCAUCCUCGACUUGGGCCCUUACGACGUUUGGUAAAACCAACCCCCAAACUCAAAAUCAAAACCCUCCACCACCGCCUACCCCAGUGGGAAAGGCCCGGGAAUGUAAAUUAGAAUCCGAGUGCGCUGGUAUUCAAAAUACAACAUGUAUGGCAGAUCCUCGAGAUGGAAGGACGCGUUGCCUAUGCGGUGACUAUUCUGCGCCUCUUAAUGGCGCGUGCACUAACAAAUACAAAGCUCUACACACAUCAUGUAACGAAGAUUCCGAAUGCAUUGAUGGCGCACAUUGCGUGCAACGAAACGCGACCAUGUCUGGAAAACGUUGCUAUUGUCAAGAAGGAUAUUAUGAAGAAAACCCUUUGGUUUGCAACGGUAGUGCAUCCUCCAACCUUACGAUUCACAUAGUUCUGUUAGUUACUUUAAGCCUUUUAAAACAACACCUUAAUUUCUUAACUUCUAACCAUAUCCACUAUUACUGUGUCCAACUAUAAAAAUAGGUAAUAAAUAAUAACACCCUUUGUAGUACGUUCAGUGUUCCUGAUUUUUAAAUUAUUUAUAAUAAUUUCAUGAAAAAGUUGUAAAUAAAAAUAAUUCGAUUUUAAGUGUUAGUAAGUUAUAAUUAAAAUAUAGCUAUAAAAGAGAAUUACUUUUAGUAGAUAAAUUAAACCUUUAAUGUUUUCAUAGGAAAUUAUAUACAUCAUUCCAAGUUAAAACUGAAAAACGAUCAGAAUAAAUUUUAUAUUAACAUACUUUCAUAAUAUUGAAUUUUAUGAUAUUAUGCUAUUGAUAAUACUAAAAAUCGUAUCUUAAUAGCAGUUAAAAGCUAAUUACUUUUAAGCAUAUAUUUUCUUUGAAACAUUAUUAUAAGUAAUUAAAAAAUCAAGGAUGUCAAUACAAUUAAAACUGUAUCUUGUAAAAUAAGUAAAAACAUUAUACAUCUUUGUUUUAUAAAAGUAUUAUUGUCAAUUAAACUGGUUAACUUGUAUGACUUAAAUAGCAUGUUAUUUAAAAAAAUGGAAGGAAUAGUACUAUUCUGUCCUAAUGUUUAUAUACAUAUGUAAGUACUAUAAGUACUAUAUGUAACUUUCACUUACUAUAUUGUAUAACUAGAUGUAAUACAAUAAUCCUUUGAGGCCUGAUAUAUUAUUUUAUAUAAUGCAAAAUAUUUGUAUUUAAUUUGUUCAGUGAUUUAUUAACUGUAGAUUUUAAUUUAAUAUCAAUAACUUUAAAACGUUUCUAGAUAUACUCAAACCCAUUAAUAUUGAGCUAAUUCUAAGUAUUUAAUGAGCCACAAGGGAUUAAGAAAUGUAAUUUCUGCUUCAAUUGAUAAUAUAAUUUUUGCUUACAAUUUUCAAAAUGCUUUCCUAUUUCCUCUUUAGUCCAAUUACACGAAGUUAAGACUAGAUAACCAGCAGGUUGCAGAAUUUUAUACACAUUUUCUAUAUACUUUUGUCGUUUUGUUGCAGGAUCCUCUGGAUGUAAACUGAUCGCAUCAUAAGUUCCUUUAUCGUGUACUAAUUUAAAAUCUAUUGGUAAUUCAGAAUUUGUUAAAUUCAAUAUAUCACAAACUCUUAAGUCAAUCAA